CGCCGCGAUCCUGACGGAGUCGACAACAUCGGACGCGAUGGAGUGCUACGCUCACUGAACGCUGAUCGAACUGCUGUACCAGACGUUCGUCGCUUAUCACCCGAGGAGAUCAAGGAAUUCGCAGAGCCAUUUGGUCAGGCUACCAUGGAUGCCCUUGUUGGUGUCGAUGGCCGCGAUAUCACUGAUGAAGCUCAGUUGUGGGCUGUUCCG